AUGACUCUUCAAAAUUAUAAAAGGCGUAACCUUCAAAAUCCGUAUACACCAUUAUAUUCUACUAUUUCGAUAUAUGGAUCCAGAUAUAGUAGACCUUCCUUAUUUAGUACUAAAAGAGCGAUAAGUACCUCGGGAUAUUCAAUGAAUCAUUACAACGGACGUCCAAAUUCUAGAACUGUUUCACUCUCUUCCUCAAUAAAUUCACAUGACUCCUCCCCCCAUUCAUUAGUCUCGAUUAAUUCAUCCUCAUUAAAUAAUCCAUCAGAUAGUGAUGAUAUACAAAUAGUAGAAGAAAAUAAUAGAGGUGUGUUAACGAAUAUAUCUACGGGGUUUUUAGAUACAGGAAUAAAUGCCUUACAUAAAAUUUUCCACCCUUAUCAACAAUCUAAACAGAAUAUAAUAGAUUUAACUAAAGAUUUAGAUGAUGAGGACCAAAAUGAAAAUUCGAUCAACACUCUUAAUAAGAGACGAAAACUGAUCGAUUUAAAAGAUACCGAUACCAUAGAUAAUUACAACAACAACAACAAUGUAUCACAGUUCAAUUUAUCAAAGGAUCCAUUCGGUUGGGAUAAAUGGGAAACUACAGAAAUAGGUGCCUCUGAUAGCCCCCUAAUUAAUGAGAAGAAUCGUACUAAUGGUAAAAGAGAUACUAAUAGACAGUAUGGUACCCAUUUCUAUCGUAAAAAUGAACGUCGAAAAGAAAAUAUUAACAAUGCAAAUAUGAUCUUAAGAGGGAGAUCGGAUGAAGUUUCAUAUCUUAGACAGAUAUUCACUGGUAAAUAUGAGAUUCCAAAAAUUAUUAGAGAUGAACGUGACGAGCAACUGAAACUUUUAGAAAGAGAUAGAAAGAUUGGUACAGCUCAGAAUUAUAGAAUAAAAAAUUCGAUUGUUGAUAUCACGGAAAGGAUAAAAAGGGUUCUUAUGGAAAACAGGAAAAAUCUCACAGAAUCUCGUACAGAAUCGACAGAUGAUGAUUUAAUAUUUGUGAAAGAACAGAAGUUGACAUCUCUAGAAAAGAAAAGACAAGAUUUUUAUAAUGACAGUUUCAAACUUGACCAGACUCUCCUAGAAUUUAAGAAUGAAUUUAGAAAUUAUAAACAAUUGAUUGCACGUAGAAGACAAAUACAAGAUGAAAUAAAAGCUAAGAGAGAGAAAAUUAAAAAAACUAAAGUAAUUGUCCCACAAUUGGACAGUUCACAAAUCCAAUGUGUUAAAGAUGCCCUUAACAGACAGGACAAUGGUGUAUUGAGUAAUAAAGAUAAUUUUGAAGUGCGGGUUAGAGAUGUCAAAACACUAACUCCUCGAAGAUGGCUGAAUGACACCGUUAUAGAAUAUUUUAUGAAAUCUAUCGAAAGAACCACUGAACAUACAGUUGCAUUCAAUUCAUUUUUCUACACCAGUCUAUCGGAACGUGGUUACCAAGGUGUAAGGAGGUGGAUGAAGAGGAAGAAGGUACAAAUUACAGACUUAGAUAAAAUAUUUGUUCCUAUCAAUUUAAACCAAUCUCAUUGGGCCCUGGGCAUGAUAGAUAUCAAAAACAAAUCCAUAAACUAUGUGGAUUCUUUAUCACAUGGCCCUAAUGCGAUGAGUUUCGCAAUCUUGAACGAUUUAAAAGGUUAUGUCAUUAAUGAAAGUAAAGAGACUAUUGGUCAAGAUUUUGAAUUGAACCAUAUGAGUUGUCCUCAGCAACCAAACGGCUUCGAUUGUGGUAUAUAUGUUUGUCUUAAUACUCUGUACUUGAGUAAAGAUUCAGAUCUGACAUUCAGUUAUGAAGAUGCAGCAAGAAUGAGAAUGUAUAUUGCAUAUUUAAUUAUGUCAGAUUGA